UUUUUUUAAUUUCACAACAUCUUUUUUUUUAGUUGAAUAUUGAAGGAUAUAAAAAAGGCUUCUGUAUGACCCUCUCACAAUCACAUACAUUGCACAAUUCGCUACCAACAACGAUAUCUUCUAUACCGACAUCGGUGUCACGACCUUUCUUCUCUUCAACUUCUUCUACGAAUUCACAGUUAAGCUCAUCAUCGACGGAAACGGGCAGUGAUCAUAAGGAGAAGGACAAAAAGAAGAAAGAAAUUAGUGAAGUAUCAGCAACUAUCUGCGCUAACUGUGGAACUACAACUACGCCUUUAUGGAGACGAGCCCCCAACGGCGAUACCAUCUGCAACGCUUGUGGACUCUAUUUGAAAGCUCGAAAUGCUUUACGGCCACCGACGCUGAAACGAAACACUGCUCGCAAGACCGCUGAAGCAGUAGCAGCGGCCACUGCGGGGGAUUGCGGUAGUGGUCCCGCCAGCGGUUCCUGCCCUGGUGGCAGUCAAUGUAACGGAACCGGUGGAUCAUCUUCCUGUGCUGGCUGUCCCGCUUUCAAUCAACAUCAAGUCAAUCGUCAUGCUCUCAUUUGCGCCAAUUGCCGAACCACAACGACACCAUUAUGGCGACGAGAUGAAGCCGGAAAUACUAUUUGUAAUGCAUGCGGAUUAUAUUACAAAUUACACAAUGUCCAUCGUCCCGUAAGCAUGAAACGCAGUGUUAUCAAGCGUAGAAAGCGAGUCAUUGUUGUGGAAGCAUCGGAUAAUGAAGAAGAACAUCCGCGAGAACAGGAUGAACUCCUCGAGGAAAAGGCACCAACCAACAGCAGUGAUGAAGCCAGUAGCAGCUACGAUGUCGAAACCAACGAUGUUCAGCAAGUAUCUCGAAAACGACGGUCAAAGCAAAUGAUAGAGAAAAAUGGAAAACGGCAUCUUGUUGUGAAUGGCACCAAGUCCCUAGAUGACACGGUUCAUUCAAAAAAUUUGGUUCUCCCUGUCCCCGCCAUUGAAGACUACAUCAUCCCCAAGCGAAGUUCAGCGCCAAUGACCCAUCUGCCCAACGUAACAGAGCCUGUUCGUCCGGUGGGCAUCACGCUACCUCCACCACCGCCACCACCUGCUCCAUCCUCUUCGUCUUCCCAAGAACAUUCUGCAUCGGCCGUAACUUGUCCAUCUCCGCGGACACCGCCCUCAGCCGCGACACCAUUUUUGCCCCACCUUGACAAAUUAUCUCAAUAUCCGCCUAAUGAUAUGACUCCCCAAUCUCGACAGCAUUCAUCUCCCUUACAAUCCAACAAUUCCCCUUCUCCUUUCUUAGAUUCGCAGCAUGAUUCUAUCUCACUACCGCCGAUUUCUUCAGAGCGACGGCAGCAUCGAUUCGAUCCUAUUCUGGAUUGUCGGGAUAACCGAAGUUUGCCACCAAUAUCUUUACCACCGCUUUCAUCGACUUCAUCAUACCCCACUUUGGCUGAGUUUGACGCAGCGCUAGCUAGCCUGGAUCGUUUACGCAAACAUAUCCAUCCUGACCAUGCCAACACACUUGCGCAACUAUCGCCAUCUCUGAAGGAAAUUGUAAAAAAGAUAGAAUCCAUUGUUCAUCCGCCAUCUUUAUGAUAUAUAAAGUAAAACUAGCAAAUAAAGUAUAGUACAUUUAAAAGCAAAAC